AUGUUAGCCUUACUUGAGAUUCAUAGUGAUUGGUUUGUUGAUAAAGGUAUCAUCGGAGUUUUCAAGAUGGGAAACAAAGCUACAACGGUGAAAGAAGAACGCCAAGAGAUCCACUUGAAGAUUGUACCUCCAUUGGACAAGGUUUUUCUGCGUUGGCUUGCAAGAGAUCUACAGAGAGUUCAAGGAUUCAAACCGAAGAACAACACUCGUGCCAUCACUCCUCCUGAUAGCUACAUCGAGUUCAUGCGCUUGAAUGGUUCGCUUGAUGUGGAUUUGGAUGACCCUGAUCUUGCUCAUCUGUUCAAGUAAUUAAUGUUCUUUUUGGUGUCUGUGUUUGUUUUGUUGUAUUAAAAGCUUUCAGAGUCUUACUUUCUCUUCUGAUUACCCCAUGGCCUCUUUUGAAAAUUCGUCUGUAAAACAUUGCAGCCAAAUGAGAUAUAAGUGUCUACAUUAAGAUAACCAAUGUCUCAUAAAUUCAGUUUCGUCGUCUUGGUGGUUCAAAUCUACAUGUUACAUGUUGUUUUUAUCUUUAUCAAAAAGCUAAA